AUGGGAUUCCCUGACCUCGGCGAAGUAGCUGGGCUUAAAGCUCUCAACGACUGGGUGACUACCAGAUCCUACGUUGAAUCCUAUUCCCCCUCUCAAGCCGAUGCUACCUGUUUCGAGGCUAUCGACUCUGCCCCCGACGCCGCGCAGUACCCCCACGCCGCCCGAUGGUACAAGCACAUUGCCACCUACGAGGCUGAGUUUUCCGGUCUCGCAGGCGAUGCCUCCAAGUCCUACAAAAGUUACGGGCCUGAAAUGGUUGGUGGCGUAGCUUCUCAGCCAGCCGGCGACGGUGAUGAGGACGUCGAUUUGUUUGGCAGCGACGAAGAAGUAGACCCCGAAGCUGAGCGCAUUCGUGAGCAGCGUCUGGCCGACUACAAGGCGCGCAAGGCAACCAAGCCACAGACUGUUGCCAAGUCUGUAGUCAUUCUUGAUGUCAAGCCUUGGGAUGAUGAGACCGACAUGGCGGCGCUUGAGGCUGCUGUUCGGGGCAUCGAACGAGACGGCUUGGUCUGGGGUACCUCGAAGCUGAUUGCUGUGGGCUAUGGUAUUAAAAAAUUACAGCUCAACGUGGUCGUCCAGGAUGACAAGGUGUCGACUCAGGACCUCCAGGAUGAGAUUGAGGGCUUCGAGGAGUAUGUCCAGUCUUCCGAUAUCGUUGCUUUCCAGAAGCUUUAG